CCUGGCAGGAAUUUCUUGCUUGGAGCUCAGACAACAAAGGCAUAGAGAGAUUGGUUUUCUUUCUCUCAGCAUCUCCACCCAACCAGCAGAAAACCGGUUGCUGUGGUUCCACCAAAAUAUGGAACUUGAUUUUGGACAUUUUGACGAGAGAGACAAAGCAUCUAGAAAUAUGAGAGGGUCACGGAUGAAUGGACUUCCAAGUCCCACUCAUAGUGCCCACUGUAGCUUCUACAGAACCAGAACCUUGCAGGCAUUAAGUAAUGAGAAGAAGGCCAAGAAGGUACGUUUCUACCGUAAUGGGGACCGAUACUUCAAGGGGAUUGUGUACGCUGUUUCUUCUGACCGUUUUCGUAGUUUUGAUGCGUUGCUGGCUGACCUGACUCGAUCCUUGUCCGACAACAUCAACCUGCCUCAGGGAGUGCGCUACAUUUACACCAUUGACGGAUCCAGGAAGAUCGGAAGCAUGGAUGAACUGGAAGAAGGGGAAAGCUAUGUCUGUUCCUCAGACAACUUCUUUAAAAAGGUUGAGUACACCAAGAAUGUCAACCCCAACUGGUCUGUCAACGUAAAGACAUCUGCCAACAUGAAAGCUCCCCAGUCCUUGGCUAGCAGUAACAGUGCUCAAGCCAGAGAGAACAAGGACUUUGUGCGCCCCAAACUUGUGACUAUCAUUCGCAGUGGGGUGAAGCCUCGGAAGGCAGUGCGUGUGCUUCUCAACAAGAAAACAGCCCACUCUUUCGAGCAGGUCCUCACUGACAUCACAGAAGCGAUCAAAUUGGAGACCGGAGUUGUCAAAAAACUCUACACCCUCGAUGGAAAGCAGGUCACCUGUCUCCAUGAUUUCUUUGGUGAUGAUGAUGUGUUCAUUGCUUGUGGUCCAGAAAAAUUCCGCUAUGCUCAAGAUGAUUUCUCCUUGGAUGAAAAUGAAUGCAGAGUCAUGAAAGGGAAUCCAUCUGCCGCAGCUGGCCCAAAGGCUUCCCCAACACCUCAAAAGACAUCUGCUAAAAGCCCAGGCCCAAUGCGCCGCAGCAAGUCUCCAGCUGACUCAGGUAACGACCAAGACGCAAAUGGAACUUCCAGCAGUCAGCUCUCAACACCUAAGUCGAAGCAGUCUCCUAUCUCUACGCCUACAAGCCCUGGAAGUCUGCGGAAGCACAAGGACCUGUACCUGCCGCUGUCAUUGGAUGACUCUGAUUCACUUGGCGAUUCCAUGUGA